CAUGAGCAACGCGGCUUAUUACUACAGCUGCGCGUCAUCCUCCAAUAUUUUAUUCUUCUUUUGCUUUUCAAAAAGCAAACAUAUUUCCAAAGAAGCAUUCUCUCGAAUCAAAUAUAAAAUAGAAACCAUGCAGGAAAAGCUGCCAGUCAAAGCCGCGGGCGGCUGUCUCUGCGGCGCAAUCAGAUACAGCGUUGUCUUCCCUCCAGGCCACGAUUUUGCCAUGAACUCAACCAAAUGCCUCUGCACCGCCUGUCGCAAGCAAUCCGGCGCCCUGAUGCUUCACCUGCACACCCUCCCCCUCUCGUCCUUCUCCUGCGUGGCUCCCGCCUCCGAGCUAGGCGACUACAGCCGCUCGCCCGGCUACCACCGCCUCUUCUGCAAGCGCUGCGGCUCCUUCAUCGCCUGGCGCCAGGACCCGCGCCUAUGCUGUGACGUUCACGGGCUCGCUGACAUCGGGGGCUCGCGCGCCACACGCCAGGCGCUGGAUGGGAUGAUUGACUGUGCGCCUGCGCACGAGGAGGGCGAGGUUGAGAUCUGUGUUGGCACGCUGGAUGAGGAGUUUCUGGUCGGGCGACGUGGGCCGGGGGGGAAGGUGAUCCCCGGGACGGGGUUUGGGUCUUUGCUGGGACACCCUGAGGGCAGGAUUCUCUGGGCGGAAAAUGAUAUCAUAGGAGUCACGGAUCGGCUGACUGGGGUGAGGUAUCAGAAUAACAGUGCCAAUGAGGUCAAGAUCAAAGAGCACUGAUCAACUAGGCUUGGAGGGGAGGCAGGUUUAAAGGAGGGGGGAAACGGAAAAGGGAGAGGGAUCGAGUAAUGGCUAACUGAGUGAGGGCUCUCCAGAUGCGGGAUGCUGACUCUGGUGUAUAUAUCACCGUAGACUCUAUCUUAGAGACACCCCGAACCGCAUCCCCCGCGUUUCACCAUCCCGUUCACGAAGAGAAAAAUCGGCGAAGGGCGGCGCCCAGCGCACUUACCGACAUCGGACGUGCGGCUGCGGCGCCACGGGCCUGGUCCGCAGCUACUCUAGAGAUAGCAGGUGCGGCCAGAUUGGCAGGGAGGGCCAGGCACACCGCUCUCAAUGGGC